AUGGAAGCAAUUACAUGGCUUCCAUUAAUGUUUCUGAUUCUGUGCUCUGUGAGAGGAGAACUUCUCCCCAACAUUGGUGCUCACCUGAUGAAUUGCAUGGAGUCGGACCGAGAAGCUCUCAUUGACUUCAAGAAUGGCCUUCAUGAUCCUGCAAACAGGCUUUCUUCAUGGAAGGGAAGCAACUGUUGUCAUUGGCGGGGAAUAAGUUGUGAAAACACUACUGGAGCUGUUAUUGCAGUUGAUCUCCGGAAUCCACAUCCAACUUAUAAUUACAAUGAUGAAUCUCUCGACAGUGGUGCGAUUCCGUUAAAUUUAGCGAACCUUUCAAGCUUGCAGUAUCUUGAUGUUUCUUGUGAUGAUAUUUGGGAAGAGUCUAGUUUAUUUGUUGAUAAUCUUAAAUGCUCAUCUGGUUCCAUUCCACCUCCUACCUUUUUAAAUUUAAUUUCACUUGUUGUCCUAGAUCUUAGUGAUAACCAAUUCCUUCCAAAAGUCCUCGAUUUUCUUGUCAAUGUUAGCAGCCUUGUUACUUUGGAUAUGAGCAAUAAUUGGUUGGAUGGAAGAAUUCCACUUGAUUUUAGUGAACUCCCAAAUUUGCAGUUUUUAUAUCUGGGAGCCAGUGGUCUUUCAGAAAGUUGUCAUCAAAUGUUGGGGGGACGAUGGGAGAAGAUACAAGACCUUGACUUCGGUAGGAAUGAUCUCCAUAGGAAACUUCCUUCUUCCAUUGGAAACCUGACAUUUCUCAGUCACUUAGAUCUUUCUGGCAAUAGUGUUGACGGUGGGAUUCCAAGCUCAAUCGGAAAACUUUGCAAUUUGAUUUUGUUAGAUGUGUCUGAUAAUUACAUCAAUGAAACUUUACCAAAAUUCCUUGAAGGAAUAGAAAUUUGCCUUUCUAGGAAGCCAUUUCCUAUUCUACAAUCUUUCGACUUGUCAUAUAAUUACCUGGUUGGUAAUUUACCAGAAUGGUUGGGUCACAUUGAGAAUCUUGUUGAGCUUGAUUUGUCCUUGAACUAUCUAAAUGGUCAAAUCCCAGCUUUUUUCGGAUCACUCCAAAAUCUUUCUAGGGGGCCACUGCCUAGUCUACAAUAUUUGGACUUGUCAGAUGAUUACCUGGUUGGCAAUUUACCAGAAUGGUUGUGUCAACUUGAGAAUCUUGUAAACCUUAAUUUAUGGUGUAACUCUCUAAAUGGCUCUAUCGCAGCUUCUUUCGGAUCACUCCAAAAUCUUUCCAGGAGGCCACUACCAAAUCUGCAAUCCUUGGACCUGUCAGACAAUCAUUUGGUUGGUAAAUUACCAAAGUGGCUGGCUCAGCUCGAGAAUCUUAUUGAGCUUGAUUUGUCCAAUAACUCUCUAUAUGGUCCCAUCCCAACUUCUUUUGGAAUAUUACAGCAAAAUCUUACUAUUCUGCUUCUAGGAGGGAAUGAGCUAAAUGGGACCCUCCUAGAAAGUUUGGGACAGCUUUCUGGGUUGCGUAAAUUUAAUGUUUCAUCCAAUCAAUUGACAGGUCUCUUCUCUUGCAAUGAGUUCCUGCCAUUUGGGUCCUUCAUUUCCGACUUGGCUCAAGUCACAAAAGCAGGCAACAUUGUUCCUGGACUUGAAGUCUUUGAUCUUUCCAAUAACAACUUAAGAGGAAGUAUUCCAUCAAGCAUUGGAAAUUGUUCUGAUCUCUCUGCACUAGACAUCAGUAAUAACCAUUUGUCUGGAACCAUUCGUACCUUCUUGGGUCAAUUAAGAGGGCUUAAAACAUUGCACCUAAAUGACAACAGGCUCUAUGGACAGCUCCCAUCAUCUUUCCAAAACUUAUCGAGUUUGGCGACCCUAAAUCUUGGAAACAACAGAUUAAACGGUAGAAUUCCACCAUGGAUUGGGAAAGUAUUUGAAAGUCUAAGAAUUCUUGGCUUGAGGCCUAAUUCCUUUUCAAGAGAACUUCCGGUCUGUUAUCAAAUUUAA